AUGUGCUACGGCCGGCAAGGCUUCGAUGGCGCCGGCAAUAAUGGUGUAGCUGCCGAUGAGAAGGAGGGGGAGGAGGAAAUCACAGGAACAGGCAAUGAAGUAUGGGAACGGCGGUGCUACGGGGGUGGACGCAGGACCCUGGCGGCCGAAAUGAGAGACGCCAGUCAUGAGGAUGAGUCAAUGUUCCUGGGAAUGACGGAUGCAAUUGUGACCAAGCCCACCCACGCACCUUUGAAAUGGGAACUGGCAAUGAAGUAUAGGAGCAGCGGUGCUACGGUGGUGGACACUGGACACUGGCGGUCGAAAUCGGGGAUGCCAGUCAUGCAUGAUGACGAGUCAACGUUCCUGGUAAUGACGGAUGCACUUGUGACCAAGCCCACCCACCUCCCUUGA